AUGCGCAGGACCGCCGCCGACACCGGAUACACUGGUAAACUAAUCGCUCUAAUUGAUGCGGAAUGUGGGCUAGGUGCCGCCUGUAAUGCGAUCUCUUGGACAAUAAGUUCCGAGGUCCACACCCUGGCGUGGAGAGAGUCAGGAGGGCGUAUCCUGACAGUGAAAGGGAAUUCGACCAUCGCCGCAGGCUACUGGGCCGUACAGGCCACCGUAAACAUUUCGCUUCCUAAGGUUAGGUGUCAUCUCUCUUAA